UCAGAGGUCGGAGUGGACCGGAAGUUGUUGGCUGCAGCACCAGUGCAGCUGCAGCUAGUGCAGGCAGCUCCUCGUAGGCUAACACGUUUCUCAUCGUGUUUCUGCUGUUCGCCAUUGAAAGGAGGAUCGUGAAAAUGUCCGAAAUGAUCGCGAGAGGAAGCGGGCGCGUCCAAGGAAAUGAUUUUCAACGGUAUCGCCUCUGAAGAAGAGGACAAGCUAACGCAAAGAAACCCGGAAGUGUUGGAGAAGCUGGCAGCAGCCGCAGACACGAUGAGUGCGAAAUAUGGCCUGGUGGGCUACAACAGUUCACGGAAGCAUAUAUCGAUUUCCAUCCCGUCAUCCACAGAGGUGAUGUCACCACACAUCAAGUCCGUGGAGGAGCUAAGAGUCAUAGGAAUCAACUUGAGCAGCUUCAGUCCCCCCACACAGUUCUUCAUCUGUGUUGCUGGAGUCUUCGUCUUUUACCUCGUCUAUGGAUACCUGCAGGAGUUGAUCUUUUCUGUGGAAGGCUUCAAGCCGUUUGGUUGGUACCUCACUCUGGUCCAGUUUGGCUUCUACUCUACGUUUGGACUGGUGGAGCUUCAGCUCACGCAGGACAAACGCAGAAGGAUACCAGGGAAGACCUAUAUGAUCAUAGCGUUUUUAACUGUGGGCACUAUGGGACUGUCCAACACGUCGCUGGGCUACUUGAACUAUCCGACACAGGUCAUCUUCAAGUGCUGUAAGCUCAUCCCGGUCAUGAUUGGAGGAGUGUUUAUACAAGGUAAACGCUAUAACCUGGCUGAUGUGUCCGCUGCUCUCUGCAUGAGUCUGGGACUCAUCUGGUUUACUCUAGCUGACAGCAAAGUGGCCCCCACCUUCAACGUCACAGGUGUUCUCCUCAUCUCCCUGGCGCUGUGUGCUGACGCGGCCAUUGGAAACGUGCAGGAGAAAGCCAUGAAACUCCAUAACGGCUCCAACUCUGAAAUGGUGCUUUACUCGUACUCGAUCGGGUUCGUCUACAUACUCACAGGCCUGCUCUGUGUGGGCGGCCUCGGUCCUGCAGUGGCCUUCUGCUCAGAGCAUCCUGUGAAGACAUACGGUUAUGCAUUCUUCUUCUCUCUUACGGGUUACUUUGGCAUCUCCUUCGUGCUGGCCUUGAUCAAGUUGUUUGGUGCCCUGGUUGCAGUUACAGUAACCACUGGGAGGAAGGCCAUGACUAUCGUACUUUCCUUCAUGUUCUUUGCGAAACCUUUCACUUUUCAGUACAUCUGGGGCGGCCUUCUGGUGCUCUUCGGCAUCUUCUUGAAUGUUUACAGUAAAAACAAAGACAAAAUGAAGCUUCCCUCCAUCAAGGAGCUCAAGAGCUUGCUGCUGACGGGAAAGAAAGUGCGAUUUCUUUCACAGGACGUAUAGAAGGCACCCGCCGGCGUAGCUGAAGACCUGAGCUGGCAGAUUGUACAUCUGUUCAGAUGUAGAGUCGGCCCAGCUGUCCCAGGGGAUAUGCUGAAGCACAUGCCCCUCCUACAAACCUCUUCAACACCACCACUGAGUGAAGGAUGGCUGAACGGGGGUUGAAACGCCAAUCAGAUUCAGAUUCAGCAACAGCACGGACAAAGAGUGGUGACGGAGUUUCAUCUAGUUUUCAGUACACAAGUGGUGUACUACUCAACGGAAAGAACUCAAAACCAUCUGCAACUAACUGAAGGAACAGUAACUAUGUGGAUCAAUGCCACUUCUUUAAAAGACCAGCUACAGAGCUCUAAGAAACAUUCCCAAUAUUGAGGAUGACACUGAGGACCUUUAAGACUUUAAAGGGAAGCCAGCGCCUUAGCUAACCAAAUCGCACAGUUUUGCACUGGAGAUGACCUGACACUUAAGCCCUUGAGUGGUUUGGAAAAAAAAGAAACUGACAUUUUGGAAGAGAAGAGCACAGAGCGACAUGUUAACUAUCAUUUCUGAAAUGAAUGUUGCCCGCCACCCCUCCCCACCCUAAGAGACAAUAAAAGGCAAAUCUGGCCCCGCAUGUGCCAGUAAGACAGAACAAAACACUUCGUUUCAUAUAAUCAUUGUCCUGAUCAAACUUUAUUGGUCCAUUUAUAUCGGACUGUGCCCUGAUUCAUAAAAAAAAUAAAUAAUGUGGAAUCUGUGUGAUUGUUUGGUGGAACUUUGGGGAAUUAUGAAGACGUUUGUUUCAGUAUACAACGAUGUAUUUAAAGGUCAACUGCCACCGUUUGCUAACCAUGUGUUUGUGUGGAAGGGUACCACUGUUUUUACAUUAAAACAAACUGAGACAAUU